AUGGUCCCUCUCCCCCUUUCAUUUGUCCUUGUGCGAUUUGCCGUCCAUGCCAUUCAGUCCUUUGCCCCCCUUCUCUCAUUCACGUGUACUGCCACUGAAGCUGCCUUCGCUCACUUUAUCAUCAUGCCCCGAGAUCCGAAAUCUUCCCUUCGCUUUGGCCGCCCAAGUGUGCGUCGGUUCAACAAAGAUGCCGCUAAGGCUGCGGUGCAGAAGUAUCAGGAGAAGCCGCUUAGUGAGGUUUGCCGCCUUGACCCGAAAACGAGGCAGCGUCGCGAGAGGAUCUGGCAGAACUGGGAAGAGUGA